AAUCGAUGUUUAUUUUUUUGGUAAGACUUAUCCUUUUAAAGAAAUGUGUAACUAUUUGCAUAAGUUCUAUUGAAGUAGUACAAAAUAAUCAUAAUUUAUUUUUUCGUACUAUUAAUAACUAGUUGAGUUGAAGCCAGCCCUGAUAUUUUUAUUACAAAAUUAAACUGCUGUAGGCUUAAACUUUCAACUCUUAUCAGUAACUGACUAUCAGUUAAGAAUAAAAUUCCUAUAAUUCUUUUUGGUAUUCUCAUAUGUCAAUAGUUUUUAAAUAAUGUUUUCGAAGGUAUUGAAGACUUAUACAGGGCGUGCUAAUGCUUAUUAUAGGAAUUUGUCACAAAAGUUACCAGAGUUUACAAAAAAUGUGUUUGAUGUAUCAAGAGGUAACUACAAUUAUAUAAAUGACGGUCACAUCCAUUAUUUCCGACGUGUAUUAGGUACAAAUAGAGUUAUUACAAAUCCAGAAGAUGCAAAAAAAUAUAACGUCGAUUGGUUUUCUCAAGUAAGAGGAUCAAGUAAUCUUGUUGUUAAACCAAAAACUACUGAAGAGGUUUCUAAAAUUUUGUCUUUCUGUAACGAGAAUAAAUUAGCAGUGUGUCCACAAGGAGGAAAUACCGGGGUAAAUGGUGGAUCCAUUCCAGUUUUUGAUGAAGUGAUUAUAUCAACUGAAUUAAUGAAUGAAAUUAUUAGUUUAGAUGAAGAUUCAGGUGUACUAGUUUGUCAAGCAGGAUGUAUUUUAGAAACUAUAGAUAACAAGGCAGCUACAAAAGAUUUAAUAGUUCCUUUGGAUCUUGGUGCGAAAGGAUCUUGUCAAAUUGGAGGAAAUGUUUCAACUAAUGCAGGUGGUUUAAGACUGUUGCGUUUUGGAAAUUUACAUGGAAAUAUUCUCGGAUUAGAAGUUGUAAAAGCAGAUGGUGAAAUUUUAGACUGUCUUGGUACUCUUAAAAAAGAUAAUACAGGAUAUCAUUUGAAACAUCUCUUUAUAGGUUCUGAAGGGACAUUAGGCUUUGUUACGAAAGUCUCUAUUCAAUGUCCAUCGCGUCCUAAAUAUAUAAAUGUAGCUUUUCUAGGUUUACAGAAUUUUAACAAAGCCCUUAAAACCUUAAAAUUAUUGCGGUACCGCCUUGGAGAAAUUUUAUCUGCCAUUGAAAUUAUUGAUUACUGUUCAAUGGAUUUUAUUAAAAAUGUUGUCGGACAACUAUCUCCCAUAGGAGAUUAUCCAUUCUAUUUAUUGAUAGAAACUUCUGGAAGUAACGCUCUGCACAAUGAAGAGAAAUUAAAUAGUUUCUUGGAGGAAUCUUUACAAAAAGCUUUGGUACUUAAUGGAACUGUAGCCAAUGAGCCAAAUAAAGUUCAAGAUAUCUGGUCCAUAAGAGAAAAUAUACCGAGUGGUUUUCAAAAAGUGGCAUCCAAAAUGUUGUACUAUGAUGUAUCUGUACCUUUGGCACAUUAUUAUACUAUCGUUGAUGAUGUCGCCGAUUAUGCUAAAGACAUCAGUGAGCGAGUAUUUGGAUUUGGUCAUAUAGGUGAUGGUAAUCUACAUCUACAUAUUCAACUGAAGAAUGAUUUAACUAAGGAAGUUAAAUCAAACUUCGAUUCUUUCAUUUUGGAAAAAAUUGUGACAUAUAAAGGUAGCAUUAGUGCUGAGCAUGGUGUGGGAUUUACAAAAGCGAAGCUGAUGGAUAAAAUCAAGCCCCCAAGUACUUUAAAAGUAAUGAAGGAUUUGAAGAAACUAAUGGAUCCAAAUGGAAUACUCAAUCCAUAUAAAGUUUUCAUUUAAUGUUGAAAUAAAUACUUGUUUUCAAUGAAAGUUUAUUAAACCUAAAGUCCUCUGGAAAUUUCCUCAUAUAAAGAAAAUAUUGGAGCAAUUUAAUAGUAGGGAAGAUGGGGACACCUUUCUACAUAGAGAACUCAACAGUUUCGAUUUCUUGCCUAUAAUACUACUCAGAAAUUGGACAAAAGGUCAGCCAUUACCCUUUCCUUAUGGAUAACAAGUGCCAUAUGGAUUCGCGCCAUUCUUUCCAUAGUUACUGA